ACAAUGCUGAAAGCAGUAGCAGAACAUGGAUCAAUUGAAAUAUUGAGAUAUACAUUGAAAUUUUGGAUUGGCUUGCUUCCAAAAUGUAAUGACUUAACUCCAAAUUUGAAACAUGAAAUUGAAAAUAUGUUUGUUGAAAUGGACAAUUCUUUAAAGAGAAAAGAAGAGAAGUUGAAAUGUAAUAAAAACAAAACUGGUUCCAACAAGAAAAGAGUUAGUUUUGCUGAUAAACCGGCUGUUACAACUUACAGUCCUGUAUCGGUAGAUCCAACUCAUUUAAAUGAACUGUCAGAAAAAAUUAGCUCAGUGAAAAUUCAAGAAAACAGAGCAGCAGUAACACUUGAUGGGGAGGAAGAUUCCUCUUCACCAUUCUCUCAAAACUGCCGUGAACAUAAUUUUCCAGAAGGCCGUGUUGUGGUAAAUGAGACACCAACAGUAACUGAUACGGUCAGUCAGAAUGAAAGUAGUGAUGAUACCAUAGGCUUAGUGCGUUCGAAAAAUCCUUUUGCUAGAAGUUUCUUCAACGAUAGACCGAGACGGGGGAGUUUAAUGACAGCAGAAGAGAAGACAAAAGUUACUGUAGAUAACAAAACUAUGGAACCACUACAUGCUUACAAUAAAGUAAAUGUUUGUAAAAAGGACAAAAAAACUACAUUGGUAGAUGGUACUAGAACAGAACAAGAAGACAGAAACAUAGAUAAUUCUUUAAAAGUGUCAGUUCAAGAAAAAAACUGCAAAAGUGUGGCUGAUGACGUUAGUUCUGAAUGUGAUCUUGAGGUGGGAAAUGAUCAUAAAAAUCAUGAAAAUAGCGCUGAUCAAAUUGAGGCAGAAUCUGAUAAAGAGACUAGUGGCACUCAGUGUUUGGUUGCAAGCACACAGCACAGUAAAUCACAACUCUCUUUAAGAAAAAGCCAUGAAAUGUUAGAUGAUAAACAACAUAAGUUAUCUGUUAAGACAUUCAAAUCUGAUGACCAGUUAGAGAGCAACAAAUCUGGUGCUAGAAUUGACAAUGGGCAUUUGAUGGAAGCAGAAAAUGACAGUAUUACAGGGAAACACCUUUCUAUCAACGAUGGACAUAGACAGAAUCUUGAUGUUAAAAAUAGUAACACCAAAGAAGACAAUCGUAGUGAGAGUAGUGUAAACAUUUCUGUUACUGAAACAACAGAGGCUAAACCUCUUUCACUGUUUGGGAAAGUUUGCGAGAGGAACAUUCCAAAACAGCAAAUUUCACCAUCUGUAGAAUCUUGUCCAAGAAAAGAAGUGCCUGCACAGAUGGAAUCUUCAGAAGAUCCCAGUUUGGAGACAUUAUCUGACCAAAACUCACAGUUUGCUAAACCAGAAGAAAAAUGUGCUGUACGAAGGAGAAAGUCCUUGCAAGCCACUGAUUUCCCUGUUCGGCACUCUCCGAGGAGACCACUUACCAAACACCAGAAAGAGUGUCUAAAAAGGAAACGGGAUGAUAUUCCAGCACUUUACUGUGAUCUCUCUGAAGACUCGCAGAGCUCUACAUUUUCUGAAAUGUCACAGGAUGAUUCACAGAUCAGUAUACCAGAACGACUGUCGUGGUCAAAACCAGCAAGACCAGAAGAGAAACAACUGUCAUUUGCACACUUGAGACGUGUAACAAAACCGAAUUCCUUGUCAUCUCUCAUUCAGAAAACUCUUGAAGUACCCGAGGAAGAGUCAAACAAUAAAGUCAGUAAAGGAAAACAGUUUUCUGAUGUCGUUUCUCCAGAGGCUAAGGUUCGUAAAAUUGAUACCACUGACACCGAGCACAGAGACCCUGCAGGACACGAGCGUAACUGCCAAGUGAAUGUUAGCUUAGGACGUACUCUUGCUUCGGAAGAUGGCUCUGUUUUAAACCUUAAAGACAGAACUGAAUAUACAGCUGAAAAUCAGCUUGACGCUGAUGCAGCUGCUGAUAGCAAUAAUUCUGUUAAAGACGACAAAGAAAAUUCUUCAUCUAUUAAGUCUGUUAGCAGUCGUACUGACAACAGUGAACCAGUCAUCUCUUCUGUCAGAACAAUGAUGUCAGAAAACAGUCCGAACCGCAGGAAAUCAUUGCGUCCAUUGAAACGGGUCAUCAGAAAUGUGGGGAAAAAUUCUGUAAAUAACAAAGUUGGUCAUAUCAAUAAGUGGAGAACACAGAACAGGAGAGAAUUAUUGCACCCACUAAAAAGGAUGGUUACCAACAAGGGCAAGAAUUCUAAAAGUUCUAAAUUCAAGCUAUUACAGGGAGGAUUGUUAAAAGAUAAGAAAAAUCUGUCUCCUGGAUGUGGUGCUGUUAACGAGAACACCACUGAUGUUUCAGCAAAUUUGUGCUUGUCCAAAUCAACGGUUUUGGAGGCAGUUUCUAUUUCAGAAAAAAAUCAACUUAAUUGUAGUACAAGUGAAGCCACUGGUAUUAACUCCUCGAAGCGUACUACGCCAUCACCACUAAAGGACUUGACACAAUCUAAGAUUGAUAAAUAUACAUUAAGAUCAAGACUGUCCCCUGAGGGAAGUGUCCCACAAACAAAGAAAUCUGUUCAGCAUGAGCACCAACAAAUGAAAAGCCACACCUCUGGUGGGCUGUCAUCCUCUUUACUAAGGAAUGUUGAAGUAUCAGUUGAAAUAAACCAAAAAGAAGUUCAGGAUGCAGAAAACGUAAUGCGAAAACAUAGGGUCACUGAAAUGGUGAAAUCAGAAUCUAACAGUAAACUGGAGCAAUCCGCAGACAGUAAAAAAACAACUGUAAAACCAGAUGAUGAAGUUUCAGUGCAGUUGAAGCUGGCAUCUACAAGUAAAGAAACAGCUGAAAAACUGAUACUUGAAAGUGUUCCCACAGCCCAACAGGAUGACUCAAACACUGAGAAAAGUAAAUCCAUGAAGUUACGUGGCAGGCCUAGAAAAUCAUUAAGCACAAAACCUGAAACUACUGUUAAAGAUUUGUGUGAUGUGUUACCUGAGACGUCAAAACACAUCAGUGUUAAUGCAAAUGAUAAAAGUUCAGCAUCAGAGGAACAUCCACAAAAUUCAGAUGGUAUUAAGACCCGUAAAGCGAGGCAAAGGAGUGUUAGUGAGGGUAGUAAAACUGGUGUUGAAUGUGAUAAUCAGUUUGGGAAAGCUCACAGAAAAGAAAAGCAUGUGACUGAAUUACUUAGAACUGGGGACAGUGAUUUGUCUUCAUCUUCCAAAGAAGAUAUCCACGAAUGCACAACACUUCAGAGUGAAAAUGAACCAUGUGAGGAGUCACUUUCACUUAAUACUGUGACUGUUCCAAAUGAUACUUGCAGAACUGAAAUAGACACCUCCAUUUUCAGUAAAGGUGUGUCUGGCUCAUUUCCACAGACAGAAGAAGUUGUUAAAUUAAACAGUAGUGACACAUUGCAGAGUGUCUCUACAUGCGGGGAAGAACACGAAAGAAAAUCUACAAAAGAUGAUAAAGCAGGAUGCAGUGUGAAUAAAAUAUCAGGCCAUUUACCAGAUUCUGUGGAUGUACAGCAGUCAGACAACUUGAAACUUGUGUCAGGACCAUAUGUUCAUUUAACGAACAUUAAUGCCAAGUCAAAUGUUGGAAACAAUUUUAACGAACAGUCAAAGUGUACUGUAGGAAGUGAAGAACAGAAGUCCUUGCAGCAGAGUUGUUUGGACACAGAAGAUUUUGUUGAGGAUUCUCAAGAUCUCACAUUGUUGUCCAACAAGAGGUCACGAAAGUGGACACGAAGGGCAAGUGAUGGAAGGAGUACCAGAAGCAGUGCUGAUUCAAGAUCUCAGCAGUUAAUCACACCUGGAAGUAACAAUGCUGAUGAUGCACCACAGUUGGCUAAAUUAAAAGCCCCCAGAGCAAAUGAAGAGAAAGGGACUACCUCUGUCAACCUAGUGAAGACGACUUCAGAUAGUGAUUGCUGUGAGCCUAUUAAUGAAAUUACAGAUUUAGGUCUCUCAUUUGAAAGCACAGUUAAACAGAACAAAUCUAAAGAUAGUUAUGACUCCUCAGAUGCAUGUGUUGAGGAACGUUCAACUGCAUCCAUUCCUUCUGUACAUAAAGUUAAUAAUGUAAAUGAUAAAGAAAUAAAUAUGCUUCACACACUUGGGACUGUUGUUUCAGAGAUAAAAGAUAGCAACACUCUACCACUUCAAGAUGGACAUAAUAGUGAACCAUGUAAAGACACAGUGAAACCUGUAGGUGCAAAAGAUUCAGAACCAGUCAUGAAUACUGCAGACAACACUGUUAUGUCAAAGGUUGCCACAGACAAACUGCAUAGUUCAUCAAAUGUGCCUCCUGUCAGUACAUCAGCAAUGAGACGAUCUCUUAGAGCGAGAAAAAAAUCUAAAUCGCACUGUUGCUUAUAUUCAUCGUGCUGCAGACAAGUGGAUACAAACAAGACUCGUAUAGCAAAAAGAAUAACUGCCAGAAGCCUCAGACUAGCAAGGCAAGGGCAGCUGCAGAGAGCUGAAUCACCUGCAGACAGUGGCAGCGUGGUAUCAGAAAUGAAUAUUGAAUUGCAUGGGGAAUCUGAUCUUCAGUCAGCCAGGCAGAAGAUGGAAUACACAGUACAGACUGAGUCCUCCUUGGAACAAACAUGGUACAAAGAAUACUCAAAAGACCAGAAAGAGGUUGAACUACCAGAAACUAAUUCCAAGACUGAGUCUGGUUGUCUUAAGAGAAAAUCUGUUUCUGAUGAAGAAGUACAAAAAGAUGACGUGUCACCAAAAAAGCAAAAAAAGCGAGUGAGCUUCUCUGAUCCAGAUGUCAGUAGCACAUGUUACUUUGAGGAGUAUCCUAUUGAGGAAAUGUAUAAAGACUAUCAGUGGAUUGCAUGCUCAGGAGGAAUGGCAGAUGAAAAGUCAGAGGACCAGCUUGCCUUAGAUCUGGAAGAUUUAAGAGAUUAUUCUGAAAAUGUUGAAGAGGAUACUAGCCUUCUGGACAGUCAGUCCCCAAUCUGGCCCAGCUUAGCUGGUUGUACAUACCCUGUUGAAGAAGUUGUGAAAUUUGUGGUGGCACCUACAUGGGCCAGAAAUGCUGUAAGGUAUUUUGAAGAGCAGGGGAUAAAAACAAUUGGUGAUAUAAGCAGUAUGGAUGAAGCAAGAAUCAGUGCAUUGCCUUUAAGGGAGCCAAAAGUUGCAGUUGUUAAGAGGGUUCUUAAGGUUUAUGAAGAAAAGCUCAACAGAAUCAAAGCUGGAGCUACAGCAGCAGAAGUUAAUUCAUCACGUUCCCGAAGAAAGGGUCAGCGGAUUCAACGAAGAGGGGGAUUGGCAGCUGUAAUUCGGAAAUCUGAUGAUUACAGUUCUCAGCAGUUAGCGGAUAAAAACUACGCAGUGAAUUUGGAAGGCUUUCAGAAUGAAAGUUCUGAAGUUUGUGAAAUGGUAUUCAAAUCGUUUGGCGACUCUCUCUGUGACAAUGACCGACUACAGUACCAUUCCGAAGAAAGUAAUAGUACAGAUGCCCAGGAAAAUUCAUUCAGUAGUGGUCAUAGCUCUCUAGUGCAGAAGACAGAUAAGAUUUUACUCUCAAAAUUACCAAACACUGACACAGAUCAAACACAACCGGUCAUUGAAACAAGCAUCAGUAGACAAUGUACAAACGAUACCAAAGAUGAAACUUACUGUUCAGGAGUUAGUAAAUCGAAGAAUAAAAUCUCCUCCCGCUCCUCAGGCUAUGAUGAGUGCACAAAGGACUUACCUCUACCCAGUCAGGCAGUUGAGAAAAUAAUGUAUGAUAAUAAUGCAGAGCCGAAAGAUACUAACUUGAAUCAGACAGCAGCAAGUGAAGACAUAGAAACCCUAAACACAAAACAAAACCAUCAGAAACCUGUACAAGAAGAAUUGGUGGUUGUGUCCAAUGAUACUGUAACAGUGAGAAAUUUGGUGAAGACAGAUGUUGGAAGAUCAGAAGAGAGACAAGAAAAAGUUGUUCCAGCAGAUUCUCUUGUGGGUGUGAAGGAGGCCAAUGAAAAUUCUAUACAAUGGCAAGAAGAUGUGUUAAACCAAAAAGAAUUUGAUUCAAUUUUGGGAGACUGGAAUAUAGCCAUGAGUGAUGAUUUAUUGGAAGCAGGAUGCAGGGAAAUACUUGAAAAUGGUAAUUGUAACGAAGACAGUGUACGGUCGGAUAACGAGUUCACAGUGUCUACCAACUUGCGACAAUCCAGAGGAGCUGUUGUGUUUGCAUCUCAUACAGCAUCUGGAAGUGGAAACAAAACAGUAACAGGCCAUCAUACAGUGAUUCAGGAUGAAAAAACCAAAGACAGUGUUGACUGCAGCAUUCCAGAGCUGAAGACUGCAAUUGAGAAACAUUCUCUUGUGAAUGUCACACGAGAAAUCUUGAGGUUGUGGAGAUACAGGGAAAGGUUACGUCAAGAUAUUACUGUUGGAAACUUGCUGAACAGACUGGAGAAUGCGGAAGUAGCAGACUUAAAGCAGCAAACUCACUCAGUUGCUGUACAGGCAAAUAAUUGUUUGUGUGACCCUCAAACUAUUAACACUUUCAAGAUGAUUUAUGAGAAGAUUAGUUUUCCUGGAGAAAGCAAGACGUAACUGGUCAACAGAUAUGAAGUGCAAAUGCUUAAUGGGAAGAAAGACUCUUGAAAAUGGUUAUUUAUCUUCUUUUUUCCAUUGCAUUUAGUAUUAUUUGUUACAUACUUUGUUCCUAAAAUGGAACAUUAUUCAGUUGUGAAUGUAGUGAAUUGCAACCAUAUUUAUAGCUUUCAUGUGAAAGACUUUAGACAAUAUAUUCAAGCCAUAAAAUGUGAUAAUGUUUGCAUUAUGCAUAUAUCCAGUGUAGUGUGGUAAUGUAUAUUAUAAUACUGUUUGUAUUAUGCUCUUAAGAGUCAGCACAAAACUGCCAGUGUUAUUAUAAAAUAAUACAGUUAUUGUCUACAAUAGAAUAAACUGUGUGCAAAUCAUUUUGAAUUUUUUGUGUGCAUGUGGUUUUUUAAUAGAAAUCGGCUAAAGCAUUCAGAAAUAUCUACUUAAGGAGAAGUGACUCCAAAUGGAACAUGACAUAUAUUACUUCGAAACCUCCUGACAAGUUAGAGCAGUGCAUUGGAUCCAGACUUGAACCCACAAUUUUGUCUUUUUCAGUAUCAUACCGACUGAACUAUAAAGGAGGAAGAGCAAGGUUCUGAGUUAGUGCUACAAUGUGGAACAUAGUUUUAAUCAAACAGGAAGUUUCAAAACAGCAUACAUUUUGCUGCAGAAUGAAAGAUUCAUUCUGUGAACAACUUCGUAGGCUA